AUGCAAGAAGCAAAGGCAGUUUUGACUCCUUUGGCAGCUCACUUCAAGUUAAGUGGGCAACAGUGUCUUAAGUCCGAGGAAGAGCAGCAAGUAAUGGAAAAGGUUCCUUAUGCUAAUGUCGUGGGCUGCCUUAUGUAUGCAAUGGUAUGCACACGUCCAGACAUAGCUCAAGCAAUCAGUGUCGUUUCCAGAUACAUGUCAAAUUCAGGAAAGCAACAUUGGGAUGCAGUCAAGUGGAUUUUAUGGGACUUGGACAAGAGAAGGUCAACUUCUGGUUAUGUGUUUACAUGCGCAGGAGGACCGAUCAGUUGGAGGGCACUACUGCAACCAAUUACAGCUUUGUCGACCACAGAGGCAGAGUAUAUUGCAUUGGCCGAAGCUGGAAAGGAAGCAAUUUGGCUUAAUGGCUUGGUAAGUCAAAUGGGAAUCACCCAAGAUUGUGUGAAGCUGAAGUGUGAUAGUCAAAGUGCCAUUCACUUGGCAAAGAAUCAAGUUUUUUCUGGAAGAUCAAAGCACAUUGAAGCAAGAUAUCAAAGAAUCAGAAAUUGGGUGGAGUCUAAGGAGAUUUGGAUUGAAAAGAUUCAUACGGAUGACAAUGCUGCAGAUUUCCUUACAAAGAUAGUGUCGGCCAAGAAGUUCAAGCAUUGCUUGAACUUGAUCAAUCUCGUUGAUUGA